AUGUUUGAUAAUUAGUCCAUGUACAGUGUAAUUGAUCAACAAUUAGAUUUAAAUUAUUUAGAUUAUUCCCAUUUAAAUAAUUUGAUUGCAUAAAUAAUUAGUUCAUAUACUGGAUUAAGAAGAUUUAAUCACAUUGAUAAUCCAAAUUUUUUUUAAAAUAUGUGUCCUUAUCCUAAUUUGCAUUAUUUCAUACCAUCCUAUGGUAAAAUGAGUUUAAUAAAUGAUUACACUAGAAAAUAAUUUAAUCAAACUGAAUUCAUAAUAUAUCUAACUCAAAAAGAGAUUAAACUUUUUUAAUGUCCUAAAAAUCCUAAACACCUCUCAACAACCUUAUUAUUUAGAUAAUAGGAAGAAAACCAUUUUUAUGGCAAAUUUGAUUUGACACUUUAAAAUUUGGAACAUUUCUACAACUAAAAACCUCGAGUUUUUCAAUGA